AUGUCCUUCAACUACGGCGGCCAAGGCGGCAACCCGGGCUCCCACAAUCCAUGGGCAAAUGAGCACUCGCAGGAAGGCCACCAGGAAGGAGGAGCAAAGGCGGAAGGCUAUCAAGAAGGGGAGCAGAACAUCCGAGGCUACGAAGAGGGACAGCAGAACGUCAAAGGCUACGAAGACGGAUACACAGCUUACCAGUCCGGGUACAAGCAGUCGUACGAUCAGCAACAGCAGCAGCAGCAGCCACCGCGACGAAACGACACCUUUGCAGAAGAUCGAUUCGUGCCCGAGAACGAGAGGGGCGAGCAGCGGGAAGCGAUGGAGGAGUUUGAGAUGAAACGGUCCAAGCCGGAGAGCCAGGACGAGCGCAACGUUGCGCUGCUGCAGGACGAGUUCCCCUCGCUGGACAGCAGCCUCGUCGCGGCCAUCUAUGGCGACACGCAGACGCUCGGUUCAGCGCGAGAGAUGUUGCAGGAGCUCAAUUCUUCGUCGCAGAGCACGCGCCGUUAG